GAGACCGACCCAAAGCGAGAGCACGAGAGCAGGAGGGGGAUUUCCAGCUCUGGCCCCCACUUCCCGAAGCGGCCGUUGUUUUGCUUUCGGUCUGAAUGCAGAAACAGAAAUAAACGACGACCACACUUUCCCUUUUCCACUUAAAACCUCGAACACGUUAAUCUGUCCGGCUUUGGCUGCUCUUCUUAUUCCGACAGCGGGACUGUGGAGCCCGAGGCCGUCCAAAUCUAACAGACCGCAAUGCCAGUAGAACGAAUGAGGAUGAGACCCUGGUUACAGGAACAAAUCGAAUCCUGUCAGAUUCCAGGGCUGAAAUGGCUUAACAAAGAGAAGAGGAUCUUCCAGAUUCCUUGGAUGCACGCUGCCCGUCAUGGCUGGGACCUGGAGAAAGAUGCUCCGCUCUUCAUGAGAUGGGCCAUACACACGGGUAAAUACCAGCCAGGUGUAGACCGUCCUGAUCCAAAGACAUGGAAGGCUAAUUUUCGCUGUGCCAUGAACAGCCUGCCAGACAUCGAGGAGGUAAAGGACAAAAGCAUCAAAAAGGGAACCAAUGCCUUCAGAGUUUAUAAGAUGCUCUCCUCCUCAGAGAGAAAUGCCAAGAAAGGAAAGAAGAAGGCAGACAAGGAGAGAAAGUCCAAAGGAAAUAAAGAGAAGGUCAGCUCUCCAUCUCCAGACAACAGUCUUCUUGAAGCUGAUGCUGGACCUGUUGACUACACCAAACAUGAAACAAUCAAGAUGGAGUCAGUGGAGCUGACAGUGACAGACAGUGUGUCAGUGAUCCACAGUCAAGCUGAAGACCAUGUGAUCACCAGUGAGCAGCUGCCGUUUGUCUGUCAAACAAUCGAGGUGACCACUGAGAAUGAGGAGCAGACUGUUAGCUCCUCCCACCCGUACCCGCUGCAGAUCUCUCCUGUGUCUAUGUGCGGCGGCAGCGACACAGAAAGUGAUACAGAAAACAUCAAAGAGGGUAUCGGUGCUGCCUGGAGGCGGGACUACAGCACAUCAGUUCUCAGGAUUCCCCCGUGUUCUCUUCCUGGCAUGGCGACGUUUGUCAGUACAACCAAGCCCAACUUCAAGGUGACGAGCACACGAGACCCUUCCCCGCUCAUCAGCUACCACACCGAUGGCUGGACGCCGACCUACAACCAGAACUCUCUCGUGUCCACGCCAGGCACUCACACACAUGAAGUGCGCGCGAGUGUCAUUAUGAAAACCUCUGACAUCACUUCCUCUUGACCUAACACGUGGGAGUAGCAUCACUGCAUCCAGUCCAUAUGAAAGACAGAAAAUGUUUGUUUUCUCCGUCAGAGCCAUGUGGGGCCUAAAAAGGGACAAACCUCCAAAAAUUAGAUUUUUCCUAAUAUCUGUCUGGGCCAACAUUUUCUCUGUUUUCUUUCCUUUCAUUUGAGGAAAUCAUUGACUUGUGCACAAAGUGAUGAGCACUUAAGGUCACUUUCUACUUCCUGCACGUCUUCCUGAUGUAAAAAUUAACUUCAAUGUGUGGAGGACUUGCAGACCUAUGUGCAGUAUCAAAUUUAGGAGCAAGUGCACCGUAGCAUACCACUGCAAAACACCAUGUGCUCAGCCAUGGACACUGUGUGUCGCUGGUUGAUGGUUUUCCCCGCUGCUUCGUGGUAACACUUGAGUAAACGCCAGUGAAGGAAUUUCACUACUUUUACCUUUGAAAGCAAAAUUAGCUUUUACUUCUCAGAAGUUCUUCAAGAUUUUAUUGUGUAUAUGAAUAGGUUUGUUCUUUGUUUAAAGUCCGUUAACUCCAAGAGAGUGGAGCUGGUGUUUGAGGGCAGGAUGCCUGCCAAGCACGAAGCAAAAAGCAAAAAUGGUAAAUAAAUAAAUAAAAAUUUAAAAAGCUAAAAUAUGUAGCCAAAUGGGCGCCAUGCCCAAGUAAAGUCUUUAUGUUUGCAUCAUCUUAUUCAUCCGCUGUGUUGUGAUUUUAAGAUGUCCAGUCAACAGUCAUUAUCAUGACACAGUGUGAGCUCAAGUGUUGCCGUGAAAGGCUCUGCUGGGGACACAUGGUUAGACUACUUGUGUUCAUAAGCAGUGACUCAAAAAUUCUUCUGUUUUGGCGAAGCAGGCGUCAAUCACAGGCCUGUUUUUAUCUGUGUAGAGGACGACAAUCAUCGUGAGGCCCUGCAGGCGUGUGUCUGUCUGUCUGUCUGUCGACCUCAGGACAAAGUACUCACCAACACACACACACACACACACACACACACACACACACACACACCUCUCCCUACUGGUAUUAAUAAUGUAAAUAGCUGAUUCUUGUGUAUGCCUGCACGCUGCUUCAGCACCUUACAGACAGCACUGUUGUGUACAUGUGCGUUGGGGUGUGUGACUGUGUGAGAGAGAGUGGGGUGUAGGGGUGGGAUAGCUGUUAUUGAUUGCGUGUGCCUUUUGAUAGCGUAGCUGGAUUCAAACUAUGUGUGCUUUAGCCUGCUGCUGACACAUGCAGGGAGGCAGGUAGCACUGCCACAGGAAGCAUGGAGGGAUGAGGAAGUGGUCGGCACUGCAAAGGUUUAAAUUCCUUGUGUUGGAGGAGUUUCUUAAAGCAGACCUGUUAAGUACAAAUCAUAGGAAGAUUGCCCUGACGUGGUCAUCUUAGAGCGACCAACCACCCAUCGAUCCCAGCUUUUGUUUUUAUGCAGCCGAUCAGAAGAAAGAGCAUAAACUGAGGGGCUGCACCAAGAGAAAAGAUUAUUUUAAUCUAUGAAUUAAACUAUGAAUCAUGCCAAGUUACUCAUAGAGUACAAGGAUAAAAAGAUGGAGCUGAACACGAGCCUAUUAAGCUGAGUGAAUGACCUCCUCAGCAUUCCAGUGCUCAGCUCCGUCCUGUUUUCCUGUGAUGCCCAACACUAGCCUGACUGCGUUAACAGUAGUCUGCACAUCGUACUCCCCACAACCUGUAACACAAUGACUCCGAGCUGCUGGAAUGCAAAAAGUCGACAGAAGGAUGAACUGCAAUCCCAGCUGUUUAUAUCAAGUCCCGUGGAGAAUCACCAGCCCCUGACUCGCAGGCUGCGGGGAGUAUGUUUUCAGUGUGCAAGAUGUGUUGGCAGCUAGCAGGCUAAAGCACAGCUCAGCAGAGCUCAAGUAGGAAAACAGUAGGGAAAGUAGGUGACUUGUUAUGCUUUUUAUUUUCUAAACCAAACUCCUGGAGAAUUUUAACACUGGACGCACAUUAACGAUCGUGGUGAAUUUAUUUAUGGUUCUCGCUGAAUCACAGAGCUCUGGGCUUCCUCGAUAGCAAAUCUUUGAUGUGCCUUUAUUGCCAGAGCGCCACAAACUCACAGUGACAGUCUUCAGUUCAAGGGUGACAUUUAAAGCCUUUUAUUACUACUUAUCACUCUCUUUUUUUCCUACAGCCAUAACAAACAUGUUUUUUUAUUUUGAACCUUGUGGGUUUUUAAAAUUGUAAUUUUCAGCCAUUUGGUCGCAACCUUCAAAGGCAGAAUAAAGAUGCAUAGCAGUCGCGAUGAAUUGUUUGAGACAUGUGAAUGUGCCAUAUUAACUGGACUGCUGUUUUUAUAGUGAUCUUUCCAUUCUCUAGCUCCAGUUUGUCUUCUGGUCUGACAUCACUUCCCUUUUUUGUAUUGCCUUAACAAAAACAAAACAACAACCUGACCAGGUUUAAGUACCCAAAGUGCACUUUUCUGUCGUGUUUAUUUCUGCUCUCGCAAUGUCGUUACAACCAAAAAGUCAGCAAUGAGUGUUGAUGGCAUGGUAUCGUGCGUUUUGCUAAUCUUUUCGUUUGUUUAUUUUUAUGCUUUCAUGUGAUUCAGAGCCACUGAUAACUCAAAGCAGGGGUGUGUCUUAUUCUUUUGCACUUAGCUUAUUACCAUAAAGGGCAACCGUGAGUUCAAACGAGAGAAAGAAAGGAAAAAAACCCAGAUCAUUGUUCUGCUUCUUGCAAUGCAGCAAAGAGGCUUUCACCACAACCUGUCACCACUGUUUCUUGUCUGUACAUUAUGACUUCAUGUGAAUCACCACGUAAAUCUGAAUAAAAACUUUUUUUGUAUUUA